UGUCCCUCUUCAUUGUUCCUCUUUUGUGUUCAGUGCCGGAGGUCUGUGGGUUUUGAAUCUCUCUGCCUUUGGCUUGUCAUUGUUUCACUCUUGAGGAGCUUUUGAUUUCAUGGGUCUAAUCGCAACACAAUGGAGGAGGACGAAACGCUGUCUUUUGAUUCCACUGCUUCGUCAUGGUGGUCUGCUCCUGCUCUUAGCACUUCGGCCUCGGCCUCAUCGGCGGAGGAGGGCACCGAUGACGAGGUUUAUGCACAGGUCUCAUUGACUCCUGAAAGCGAGCAAUUCGAGCAGAAACUCCAAGAAGUGGAUACUGAUGCAGAUGGUGAAGAAGAUGAUGUUGAAGUAGCUGCAAAGUCGUCCACACCUCACAUGUUUUGUAAGACUCUUACUGCUUCUAAUACUAGCACCCAUGGAGGCUUCUCCGUUCCUCCUCGAGCUGCUGAGGACCGCUUCCCUCACCUGGAUAUGAUAAGAUCUUCCAUCACUGUUGCUGACCGCCUAAAGCCAUCAUUGCCGGCCGUCACCAACUCCAAGAUUCUAGCCACCACUUCCGCCGGCUGA